UCUUUUAAUUUGGUUUACACCUCUACCAAAAAUUGCGAUUGUGUCUUUGAUAUGUUUUGACGUAAUUCAAAAUCAAGUAAAUGUCAAGUCAUCAAUGUAAAUAAAAUUGCAAUGAUAUCGAGGGCUGAACAAUUGUCUAGCCUAUGAGUAAGAAAUUAAAAUGAUUAAAUUCCUCAACCAAAUCCUGAAAAUUCACAACCUCAGCUACAGUACAGUUACAGUGAGUAAUCCAUUGAGGGGUAUCAGCACAAGUGGCACUAUUGUUAAGUCCGCGAUGUUCAAUCUAAAGGAGGCUUCCAAAGAUCAGGUUCAGGAGUUCUUAAACUCGUUUGAUACAGUUUUAACGGAUUGUGAUGGUGUUCUAUGGUUUUUUAACAAUGCCAUCUCGGGAUCAGCAGAUACUAUGAAUUACUUCAGGAAGAUCGGAAAGAAGAUAUAUUAUGUGACGAACAAUUCAACAAAACCGCGCAGCGAGUUCGCGACCACAGCGGCCAAACUAGGCUUUGUUGCAUGUCCAGAAGAGAUACUGACGGCUGCCUUUUUAGUAGCCCACUACUUUAAAGGUAUACAGUUUAACAAGAAGGUAUAUUUACUGGGAUCCCACGGCAUUGGCGAGGAGCUGGAAGCUGUAGGGGUUAGACAUAUUGGUGUGGGGCCGGAUCAUGUGAAACCUGAUGUCAAAUCGACGAAGCUGUCGGAACUAGAUCCUGAGGUCGGUGCUGUGGUGGUAGGCUUCGAUGCACAUCUCAGUUACCCAAAACUGUUGAAGGCUGCCACUUACCUAGCCUCGGAACAAUGUCUGUUCGUAGCCACAAAUACUGAAGACAGGUUCCAUAGACCAAACUCCAUUGUGAUCCCUGGAACCGGCACCUUGGUUAGGGCAGUCGAGACAUGCUCAGCAAGGAAGGCCCUGGUCGUUGGGAAGCCUUAUAGUUACGUUCGGAAGUAUCUCGAGUCAAUCGGUUUGAAUCCAGCUAGGACUUUGAUGAUUGGAGACAGGUAACGCCUUCAUUCCGUCAAGAAAGGUGGCGAGUGCGUGAGUAAUGUGUCCCAGGGGGCGCGUGCUACACUAUCUGUAUAUUGGGGGGUCGUUAAUGGAUGCCGGUCUAAAAGUCUAGGGCUUGUUCAGAAGCUAGACGCGCUGACUGAUAAAUUACCGGUCUAGGAACAUAGGGUGCUUUUAUAUUGACAUGUUGAGGGUAAAUUAAGAUUGAAUGUUUCGAGUGAAUUUUUAAGCGACAAGUCCUGUGGUAAUAGACCAUUUGUCAUUUAUGGAGACGAGGGUUUCGAUAUACAAAUGGGACUAAGUAUACCGAGCGGAGGUGUUAGAAAAACGUUAGAAUUUCACUACUAAAACAGUCAAUGUGUUUUGAAUUUAAGCACUCUAGGUUUCUAAAUCACAUUUCUAGCUAAUUAAAGUUGUAAAUUCCAUGAAGCCAUGAACCAAGUUAUUACAAGAAUUACAAAUAAACUAAAAAAAGUUCUUGUAUAAAUUCGUAGCAAGCCAAUGUUCCGAGCUGUUACAACUAAUGUACACCAUUCCUAGAAUUAGCCCCUCAGUUUAUACUCGGCUUUACGUAAUUCACGCCAAACUUUUUCUUCAAGUAAUAAUCAUUAGGUUCGCCAUUUUUUUUAAGUGCUACGUCUUGAUAUCGAGGCGAAAAGUGUUCUCGAAGUGUCGAGAGUCUUUUGAGAAAGAUAUGUGAUGUGUUGGAGUAUGCCUCUCUCUGUCAAAUAAAAUGUUACUUGAAUUGAACGUUUGCGAGUCAUGAUUUAUUCGAGCGAUCUUUGGGAGCUGUCAUCUAUGUUGGCGGCGUAAGGACAGCUCAGCAACAUGUUUGAUGUUCGGGAAUGAAUGUUGAUAGUUCCAUCGUUGGCUGUGCAAAGAUAUUGCUUACUUUGAUAGGUUUUAUCUAUCUUUUGAUAAGUUGCAUGGUUUAAUAAGUCAAUUCAUAUUAGUC